GAUUUCCUUUCUAUACUUUCUACUUCUAUGCAUUAAGAGAUGCUACAUAACCUCAAGUUAUUUGUCAAUAUAAUUGUUUUCUAUUCAGUGUUGAAUUAAAAGAUUGAAUUAAAGUUUAUCGAGAAUCAACGAAAUCAGCGUCAAUAUACAUGAUGUCCAUAUUUGGGAGGCGAAUACUUUCUUACAACUUUUCAAAGGAAUGGCAUUGUUUGCGAUCUGUAACCCGUAAUACUUAUUUUCGACAAUGUCAAUUGUCAACUCAAUCUCAACCGAACACAGAAGAAGCCGAUCUAUCCAAUGUUCCGGAAAGUUCAGAGGUCACGACGUUAGAUCCGCUGAUACAUCCUGAUUUUUUCCAAGUGCAUAAGCUGUUUACCGUGAAAGACCUUUAUGACGCGAGGGUGCACUAUGGUCACAAGGAGACCUCGCUGAACGAGCACAUGGAGACGUUUAUAUUUGGCUCGAGACUAGGCCACUUGAUAAUCGACCUGGAUCAGACUGCCGAGCUGCUGAGGCAGGCGUUGAACUUCACUGCUCAUAUCGCCUUUCGGGGCGGCAUAAUCCUCUUCAUCUCGCGCAAUCCCCAGGUCACGCAUCUGGUGGACAAAACGGCCAGGGAGUGCAAGGAGUACUCGCAAACGAGAUUCUGGCGGCACGGGCUGUUCCCGAACUCACGGAAUCAGUUCAAAGCGACGACGCGGCUGCCAGACUUGUGUAUCUUCCUUGGCACCCUUGACACUGUCAUGUCUGAACACAAAGCAGUGAGACACGCGGCGAAAAUGUGCAUACCCAGCGUCGGCAUAGUUGACACGAACUGCAAUCCGAAUCUUAUAACGUACCCCGUGCCCGGAAAUGACGAUUCUCCGUGUGCCAUCGAGCUUUACUGUUCGUUAUUCAAAGAAGCUAUUAUGAGAGGGAAAAGAGCUAGGGAACGGCUAAUGCAAUAUGCGGAUGAACAUGUGGAUAAGCCUGACAAGUAAUUAAGUUAAUGUAUAUAAAUGUAUAUGUAAAAAAAAAGAAAUAUAUAGUAGAUGAAAGGAUUA